AUGGUGGGGAGCGCCACCUUGGACACUUCCGUGCCUGCCCUGCAGGGGUCGCUCCAGGGCCCCGGAGCACAGCGCCCCCUGGAGAGGCUGUGCCCGGACCUGAAGCGCCGGCCUGAGGCGCCGGAGUGUCAGGUAAAGGGUUCCCCCUUCCCGCCUGUUCCCUCCACAGCCAAGGAAGGGGCGAGGCAGGGCCGCGGCCCUCGCUGCAGAAGGGGACCCUCCAGCCCUGCCUGGCUGCAGCUCUCGGGGCCGCGGGGAUCUGUGGGCCUCAGGGGUCUGGGGCACUCCAUUCUUGGGGAAGGAUUGCGCCAAUUAGAAAGAGAAGCCUAUGCGUUCAUACUGGAAUUUCUAGAAGAAGAACAUAUGUCUGAGUUCGCCAAGCUGAAGUUCCUGAGUGCUGUGGAAACUUUGAGUAGUGCUGUGCGUGCCCAGGCAGAUGGCAAUAUGGACCAUUACUAUCCCAAAGCCAUCCUGGCCAAGAAAAUUGAGAUACUAAUUCUUGAAGAAUCCACUGAGAUUUUGAUGGGCAACAUGCGUCAGCAAGCCAUGCUCUGCAUCGUGGCGCUGAGGUGCCUUUCCUGCCCUUACCCCUCAGAGCGCCUGGUCUCUGGUGCUGAGAACAUUUGGAAACUGGAUCUGGUAAAUGUGGGCGUCUCCAGCCUGUUCUCUCUGCCGCCCAUCAUGCCCAGCCUGUACCGAAGAGACAAUGCGAGUCUCUACCUCCAGACAGUCCAGGCCUUAGAUGACAUGUUGCAGGCUCUUGUGAUGGACGGUAUGAACCCCAACAUGCUCAUACUACAACACUUCCUGGAGCAGUCAGGGAUGUGGAAUCAAGAGAAGGAAGGGAGCAGCACUCCCACAGAAGGUGUUCACAAGGUCUCUUUACUCCUUUUCCAGAUCAUCUUACCUUGGUCAUCACUGUCAGACAAAGUGCACGAACAGAUGCGGGCCUUGGGCACUAUUUCCCGGCUGCUGAGGUUUAUUUGCAGUUUCCCGGAACUGUCACACAUGGAGGAAUUCUCAAUGAGUGGGAAACUGAUGAGCAUCUUCGGCCUCUUCUGCAUGGACUGCAACCACGAGAUCAGCAAAGAGGCAUCGGAGGCAUUGCAUUACCUGUUCAAAAUUCUUGUGCUUCAGAGAAGUGUGAAACAGAAGACAGAGACUAUCCUGAAGGAUUUGCAGAAGCAUUUCCAUGGAGCAUGGCUUGCCAGCCUGCAGGAUCUAACACUGUUCUUCAAGAAAUACCUGACCCCUGAGGAGAGAGCAGAUAUGAUCAUGGUGAGCAUGGAGGCCAUGACCAACACCAGCAGGCAUGACAUCUCUGCAGCUUCCAAGAUGUUAAAGAUGAUCCUGAAGUACACGAUUCCAGAGAUCGGGAAGGUGCCGGAAAUCAUCCAGUACAUUUACUACCACAUGAACAGCAUUACAGAAACCACAGCCCAAAAAACCAUUAAGAAUAUCCUGUAUUUGCUGUCCCAGUACUACACUGAUGAAGUUAUCCUGACACUAUUGAAAAUAGAAGAUCAGUCACAAAAGGGGGUUUGCAGGCCCUGGGAAAUCCUGGCAUCCUUCCCCAAAGGCUACGAAAUGAUCAUGGACUAUCUGCUCCAGAGGCUGACUCCACACCAGAGAUCAAAGGACCAGGAGCCCAGCCACAGAACAGAGAUCUCACCACUGAUUGCCACCAGAGCCAUCCAUGAGCUCCUGCUGGAACCCAGUCGGCGGAUGGAGGUGCAGUCCUUCUUCUCCUCCUUGUUCAUGGCCUUGCUGUUCCAGAUCUCCUUUUUGGUGGUUGAAGUGGACACUGAAAUAAGCCAGGAUCAGCAACACAUAGCUGAAUGUGUGGACCCUAUAAGUUCUACUGUGGAGGCCCUGAAGACCUUGAUGAGAAGUUCUGGGUAUGAGGACUAUGUGUCUUCUAUACAGAGACAUGGGGGCUGGUGGCUUCUUGUCAAUCCUGAAAGACACUAUGACGGAGUCACUGUGCUGGCCAGGUCCCUGGUCAUCAAUAACUGUUGGCACAACCGCCCCCUCUUCAGCUCCAUUAUCAGAUUCCUCCAGGACCCAGACUGCAAGAAUCACUUAACGGCCCUUGUGUUCCUGACAGAGCUGCUCCAGUGCCCAGAUGUGGCAGCCUUAGUGGAUGACUUCACCACCCGCAUUCUGGCAAACUGGUUCAAGAGUGAGGAGCCAGCCAUAGUGAAGCCAUUGCUGCAGAUGCUAGAGGUCUUUGCGAAGCAUGAAAACAUGGUCCCCUGGAGGUUGCUGUCAUCAUCAGGGAUGAGAAGGGCAGUGGCGAUGGAAACUUAUGGCAUGGUGGGAGGAGGGGGCUUCCUCUGUUUUCUCCCCUUUUCUCAUGAUGGACGCAAGGUGAGGCGGCUCCGAAUCCUCCAGCCUUAUGUGCUGAACUGCUGCUACUCCUCGAACAGCGACAUAGUACUGGAGACUUUGCUGGUGCUGAAGAAUCUCCUGAGCCACCUCACCUGGCGGCACUCCUCCUCCUUCCUGAUCCAGCUCACCUUCACGCUGGUGCCCUUCUUUGAGGAGGUGUCAGAGCAUCUGCGGUUGGCAGCCUUUGAGAUCUAUGAGAGUCUCUUGGCCAAGGUCAAGAAGAGAGGCCUUGUCUUCCCCUUGAAGCACCAGAUCCUCAACUUGCUAGUCCCCCUGGUGCUCCACCUGAGGGACGUAAAUACCGACGUGGCUCUGGUGAGAGGCCAGGCCUUGGAGCCUGGUCUUCAGUCCCCGUUUUCAUGGGAGAUCUGCCGGUCUGCCCUCUGCCACACAGCUGCCAUGCUGGGCUGGUCAAAGCUGAAAGCAGUAUUUGCAGAGAAAGAUGUGUGGAACAUUCUUGGAGCCCUGCUGGAGCAGGAGACAAACAAAGCCCUCUGGUUCCUGAAGCAGUGUGUGACUCUCUUCAAGAGCCCACAGGUUCCCAUCCGCUGGGCAGCUGUGUGGUUUGCAGGCCAGAUUAUCCAAACCCUAGACUUGGAAGAGAUUGAUGAAAUUGAGGAGGCGUACACAGCCCUAAGGCACAUGCAGAGAGACUCUGACCCCAUGGUCAGCUGCCUCACCACACAGACUUUCUAUAUCCUGGAAGCCAAGAAGAAGCUGCUACUGGCCAAGGCCCCGACCUCCUGCUUCUGCAGGAGGAGGCCCCAAAGGCACUACUUCUGAGCCUGCAUCCUUGAGUCUCAGAUGUAGGCCUGACCAUCAGACCCUGUGACAAUGGGGCCAGAUUCCUGGGUCCUGCGCUAGAAAUGGAGGUAUAUCCCUGCAGAAUCUUUGUAAUAAAAGGAAAAAGCAUGC